GGGGCAGCCACUGCUUGCACUGAAAAGGAAGGCCGAGUGAGGGGGGAGAGAGAGAGAGAGAGAGAGAGAGAGAGAGAGAGAGAGAGAGAGAGAGAGAGUUGUUGUUGUUUUCUUUUUGGUGGUAGUGGUGGAGGGGGUGCUAGCAGGGCCAGCCCUGAACUCACUGGACAGAACUACAGACCCAUGGGGCCUGGCAGUGCCCUCUGAGAGGGAGAAGACGGCAGAGGGGUGCCUGCCGAGCACCCUCUAAACCCACAUCAUGUCUCUGUGGGGUCUGGUCUCCAAGAUGCCCCCAGAAAAACUGCAGCGGCUCUAUGUUGAUUUUCCCCAACAUCUGCGGCAUCUCUUGGCUGACUGGCUAGAGAAUCAACCCUGGGAGUUCCUGGUCGGCUCUGAUGCAUUCUGCUGCAACAUGGCCAGCGCCCUACUUUCAGCAACUGUCCAGCAUCUGCAAGCCUCUGCAGGAGAGCAGGGAGAGGGGAGCGCCAUCUUACAACAUAUCAGCACCCUGGAGAGCAUAUAUCAGAGGGAUCCCCUGAAGCUGGUGUCCACUUUCCGACAAAUACUUCAAGGGGAGAAAAAAGCUGUUAUGGACCAGUUCCGCCACCUGCCAAUGCCCUUCCACUGGAAACAGGAAGAACUCAAAUUUAACACAGCUCUGCGGAGGCUGCAGCACAGAGUAGGGGAGGCUCGCCUUCUCCGAGAAGCCCUGCAGCAGGGGACUGAGGCUGGCCAAGUGCCUCUGCGCAGCUUGAUUGAAACUGCUGCCAAUGGGACUGGGCCAAGUGAGGCUCUAGCCACGCUACUGCAGGAGACUGUUGGGGAACUGGAGGCUACCCAGACCCUGGUGUUGAAGAGGAUCCAGAUUUGGAAACGGCAGCAGCAGCUGGCAGGGAAUGGUGCACCCUUUGAGGAGAGCCUGGCAGCACUACAGGAGAGGUGUGAGAGCCUGGUGGACAUUUACUCCCAGUUACAGCAGGAGAUAGGGGCUGCUGGUGGGGAGCUUGAGCCAAAGACCCGGGCAUCACUGAUUAAACGGCUGGAUGAAGUCCUGCGAACACUUGUCACCAGCUCUUUCCUGGUGGAGAAGCAGCCCCCCCAGGUUCUGAAGACCCAGACCAAGUUCCAGGCUGGGGUUCGAUUUCUGCUGGGUUUGCGGUUCCUUGGGGCCCCAGCCAAGCCUCCACUGGUCAGGGCUGACAUGGUGACUGAGAAGCAGGCGAGAGAGCUGAGCAUGCCCCAGGGGCCUGGGACUGGAGCAGAGAGCACUGGGGAGAUCAUCAACAACACAGUCCCCCUGGAGAACAGCAUUCCUGGGAACUGCUGCUCUGCGCUGUUCAAAAACCUGCUACUGAAGAAAAUCAAGCGGUGUGAGCGAAAGGGCACUGAAUCUGUCACGGAGGAGAAAUGUGCUGUGCUCUUCUCCACCAGCUUUGUGCUUGGCCCCAACAAACUCCCCAUCCAGCUCCAGGUCCUAUCUCUGCCCCUGGUGGUCAUUGUCCAUGGCAAUCAAGACAACAAUGCCAAAGCCACCAUCCUGUGGGACAAUGCCUUCUCUGAGAUGGACCGUGUACCCUUUGUGGUGGCUGAGAGGGUACCCUGGGAGAAGAUGUGUGAAACUCUGAACCUCAAGUUCAUGGCUGAAGUGGGGACCAACCGGGGGCUACUCCCAGAGCACUUCCUCUUCCUGGCCCAGAAGAUCUUCAAUGACAAUAGCCUUAGCAUGGAGGCUUUCCAGCACCGUUCUGUGUCCUGGUCACAGUUUAACAAGGAGAUCCUGCUGGGCCGUGGCUUUACCUUUUGGCAGUGGUUCGAUGGUGUUCUGGACCUCACCAAACGCUGUCUCCGGAGCUACUGGUCAGACCGGCUGAUCAUUGGCUUCAUCAGCAAACAAUAUGUCACUAGCCUUCUUCUCAAUGAGCCUGAUGGAACCUUCCUCCUACGCUUCAGUGACUCAGAGAUUGGGGGCAUCACCAUUGCCCAUGUCAUCCGGGGCCAGGAUGGUUCCCCACAGAUAGAGAACAUCCAACCGUUCUCUGCCAAAGACUUGUCCAUUCGUUCACUGGGAGACCGAAUCCGGGACCUUGCUCAGCUCAGAAACCUCUACCCCAAGAAACCCAAGGACGAGGCUUUCCGGAGCCACUAUAAGCCUGAACAGAUGGGGAAGGAUGGCAGGGGUUAUGUCCCAGCUAUCAUCAAGAUGACUGUAGAAAGGGACCAGCCUAUUCUCACUCCAGAGCCCCAGGUGACUACCAUGGUGCCACCUUAUGAUCUUGGAAUGCCCCCUGAUUCUUCCAUGAGCAUGCAGCUUGGCCCAGAUAUGGCGCCCCAGGUGUACCCCCCACACUCUCACUCCAUCCCCUCGUAUCAGAACCUCCCUACAGAAGAGUCGGUCAAUGUGCUGCCGGCUUUCCAAGAGCCACACCUGCACAUGCCCCCCAGCCUGAGCCAGAUGAGUCUGCCCUUUGACCAGCCUCACCCCCAGGGCCUACUGCAGUGCCAGCCUCAAGAGCAUGCUGUGUCUAGUCCUGAGCCCCUACUUUGCCCAGAUGUGACCAUGGCAGAAGACAACUGCCUAAACCAGACAGUGGCAGGGUUCCCCCAGAGCACCUGGGUUGGUGAGGACAUGUUCCCUCCCCUGCUGCCCCCCACUGAACAGGACCUCACCAAGCUUCUCCUGGAAGGUCAAGGAGAGGCAGGGGGAGGGUCCUUGGGAGCCCAGCCCCUCCUGCAGUCCACUCCUUACGGGCAGUCUGGGAUCUCAAUGUCCCACCUGGACUUGAGGGCUAACCCCAGUUGGUGAUCCCAACCAGAGGAGGAGGAGCCCAGAGAGAGCUCUUCUAUUGUCUCCAUGGACCUGCCUUGGAUACCUGCUCAUGCAGGUGCCUUCCAUCUCCAGCCACUCCUCCAUUAGGAGGAAAAGACUGCCUGGAGAAUGCAUGGUGGAAGGAGCCACUCAACUCCUUCCUUCCCACUGCACAUCGCUGUCCCCCCUCUUCCAGCACUGAGAGACAAGCCCCAACACGCCUGCACCUGUAGAAUACACACAGCUCUCUGGGGAGAAUGGGGCUGGGAGGGAUCACAGAUUAGGGUAUAGAGGGCUUCUCUUACUCACUCUAAGCCAGGGCCAGGGGCAUGUGCAGAAACAGACUUGCACACAUUUGCACUAGAGGCCAGAGACUGAAGGCAUGGGUCUGGGUCUCAACUUUGGGAUCCUGUAGUAAUAAUCCAGGAGACCCUUGGUGGGAAGAGAGGAGGGACCUGGACACAUGACUACUUAUACGGAUUUUGCUAGACUGAAAAAUAAAUUCCCCUGAAUUCUUGCCUGUUAGGUUUUUGGUACACAGAUAAGAUUAUACAGUACAGGAGCCAAACCUCUGUAUGGCUGUGUGAAAUUAUGUGUACCCGGGACAUGUUACCGUACUAUGUCAUGACAUAUAUAUUCAUUACAUGAUCACAUAUAACUUGUGUCUAUCUGCUUUUGCUUUUGUGACAACACAAAUUUGGAAGUAUAAGACACCAGGGAGUAUGCUGGCCUCUGGUAUGCUAACCCAACAUCAUUUUAAGGUGACAGUGCCUGGGUGGGUCUGUGUGGCUGUGACAUCUACAUAUAGGCUAUAGCUUCAGUGUCUCCACACCCUCAAUGUUGCCUGCAGCCAGAGGAUGACAAGGACCCAGACCUUGCUGAGAGGAGCCCAGGCCUUGCUGAGUGGCUCUCCAGAGUGUUGGGGGCCAUGCCCACUGCUUGUCUUGUAUUUCCCCAUCCACUGCCCACUUCCCUCCACUGCCCCAUCCCAUGCCACCCUUUUUUCCCCUCAGGGGUCAUGGAUCCUAAGCCAUAAAAUAAAUUUUAUUUCAAAAUAACAAAAUAAAUAAUCUACUGUACACAA